CGGCCCCUGCCCCGGGCUGGUGCUUCCAUGAAUAAUUUAAAUGACCCUCCCAACUGGAACAUCCUGCCAAAUCGACGGGAUCCCGGGGAUGAAGGCAGCAGAUGGAACUACGCCCUGCUGGUCCCCAUGCUGGGCUUGGCCGCCUUCCGUUGGAUCUGGACCAGAGAAUGUCAAAAAGAAAUAGAAAGAGAAAGAAAAGAAUACUAUAAAAAACAUUCGUCUUUACAAAAAGACCUAGAAGGCAAAUACCGGGAUAUAAUCACAGAAAACCGUCGCACAGUUGCUCAUUUGGAGCUGGAGCUUGAAAAGGAACGCAACAGAACCCUGAGUUACCGGGAAGCCCUCGUGUCCCAAAGUCGCAAACUAGUAGAAGAAAGAAGGAUCCUAGAACAGGAGCAGGAGAAGUUAGAGCAAGAGAAACAAGUCCUUUUGCACUCAGGAGCAGAAGGUAGCUUGUAUCAAAGUUGUCUGGCAAAGGAAGAAGACUGGCAAAAGAGAGCCAAUAAUUUACUAAAAGAAUUUGAAGAGGGACUUAAAGAAAGACAGGACAUCUACUGCAGUCUUGUGGUACCCAGAAGCCAGAGACUAGAAAUAGAAAAGAAUCUGCUAGUUAAAGCAGCAACUGAUCCUGUUGCUAUGGCUCUACAUAUGGAAAGUGGCUUAAAAGAUAUUUUCAAACAUGAUAACUACUGUGGCAAUAUGCUGAACCGAAAUAAAAGUCAAAAUGGAAAACUGAUGUGGCUGUAUCUGAGAUAUUGGGAGCUAGCUAUUGAGCUGCAGAAGUUCAAGAGAGCAGAAAAGGCCAUGUUAGGAAAACGAUAAGCAGGGGAAGUAAUGAGAUUUCAUGUGAUCCACUGUGCAUAGUAGGGACAAUCACAGUUGUAGUCUGAAGCUGUUAAGUUCUACUGUGUUUCCGUUCCUCCUCCCCGUUGCACUUGCAAAUGCAUGGGACUUAUGCAGAGGUUGCUGCCUUUCCUUUCACUGUCUAACAACAGAUGCUCCAGUUAGCUAUGCAUGCUCUUAAACUCUGUGAGUGUGUCAGUUUUGCAGACUGCAGCAUAGUAGAGAUAAUGCCAGCUUCCACAGGAAUCAGAAGCAGCAGAACAGGACUCAGUUUAGAGUGACUGACCUAGUUGAUGGUCAUAUUCCAUCAACAGAGAAGUGUGAUUUUUCUCCCCCAAGUGGGAUAGCACAUUGUGCUCCUUUUCGCUGAUGUUUUACAUGGUGUCUCAACACUUCUUUUUUUUUUUGUGUAUUUUUUUAAGCAAGACUGAUUUUGAGGCAUACAUUUGGAAGAGAUGUUUGAGCAAGCUUCUUGCCACAUAAAUCCUACAUGUAUAUACAUACAUUUAUGUAAAUAUAUAUUUGUGAAUGUGUGUGCAUAUAAGUGUAUGCAUUAGUAUUUUGAGGGAGGGGAGUAAUAUAUUUCAAAUUAAUCAGUCUUGCAUUGUCUUCCAGCUUAAUAUACAAAUCGUAUUUUAUGAAUGAACUAUCCAAAAGAUGCUAAUUAAAAUAACACAUAAAGAAAAAGAUUGAUCAAAGUCUCAUUGGAUCUUAGGAUCCAUGGUUGAAUACUUGAGAGUGUAUAAACUCAAAGUUAUAUUCUUAUCAUUCUGGACAUAUAUUAAGAAUACUUACUUUUUUUCUCAGUCAAGGUUUUAUUUGUAAACCAACAGUGUGCCUCAGAUAUCACUGUGCCACUGUCUCUGCAUCCCAGUGCACUGCAGUUCCUCCAACUGCAGGAACCUCCAUGGGUUACAGCCAUUGCUGGUUCACACAGGUCCUUUUUGUUAUUUGCAGAUAGAAACCUAAAUGCAGCCUGCACUGAUAGCCCCUAUCUGCCUCUCUGACUGUGAGUUCUCCCAGAACUGAA